AUGGGCCCGGGAGCUCGCCGUCGCACCUCCCCGUCGCUCCUCACCCAGCAUCUCCUCCCUCAGGGUUUUUGGUCCUCCCAGCCCCACCGGGCCAGCGCGGCCACCCGCUUGCUCGCACCUGCAGCCCCGGCCGUGGUUACCCUGCAGGAUUUCAACUCCGGGGUGAGCCCCGGCGGCGGCAGCGCAGGACACAGGAGGGACGAGAGCGUCCCCUCGCUGUUAAGGGCCGUGGCGGAUGGAAGAGCAGAGGUGCAGUUCCCCCCCGAGGCUGCCUCCAGCCUCCCCCCCUGCCUGGGCAGAGUCCGUCCCCGGCGGCGCUGGGAUGCCGGGAUGCCGCGGAGCCGCCCGGGUGCGGUGCCGGGGGGCCGGGCUGGUGCGGUUCCCAGGAGCUGUGGCCCCGAGAGCUGCGGCAGAGCCCAGCCGAGGCUGCGGGCGAUAACCGGGUCCUGCCUCGUCUUGCGGCGGCAGCGCUUCCGAGGCUCCGCCGCCUCUCCCGGACGGGUGCCCGGGGCAUUCCCAGGGAGACGCGCUCCUGCUCCUGAGCCAGCGCCUUCCUCUCUCUGGGAGCAGGGGCUGCUCCUCCACCAGCUCCGGCCCCACUCCUCUUCCUCCCCUGCUGCUCCGGCAGCUCUCGGGGGCCACAUCUCGCCCAGCUGCCUGGGGGGGGUCCUGGUGCUGCUCCUCCUCUCUCCGCUUUGGGGUCACCAAGCCCAGCCCAAGGCGCAGCUGAACCCCCCGGUGCUGAGAGGGGCUCGUUCCCCAUCACGCCGUGGUGGGGCAGGGGCAGCUCUUUGCCCCUGCUGUCUGUCCCUCAGCUUUCCAGGCCUGAGCCCCCCCCUGCAUCCUCGGCUGGGGCUGGGAGCCGGUGCCAGGUGGCUCCCACGUCCCAUCAUCCCUAAAACACGCCAGGACCCACAAACAAACUCCCCCCUUCCAAAACCACCUUUGAAAUGGUCCCUUUUUCUUCCACCUCUCAGUCCUCCUGCUGCUUUCUCAGCCACCUUGGUGAGCAUCAACAGGAGCCCGGCUCCCAGGGCUCUCAAAAUCCUUACCGACCACAAACCUCCCCCCCAGGGGCACCCAGCUCAUCCUGACCCCGCGUCCCAGCCCUCGGCAAGGCUGGCUCCUGCCUGCUCGCUCGGACGCGGGCCCUGGCUGUUCUCAGUUUGCCGCCGAUGGACAGCCCUGAAGACAAGAUCAGCCCCACGGCCACAAGUGCGACACCCUCGGAAACGGAGCCUUUUCAUUUCAGGGAGCGAACCCAGCUCAGCCCUUUCUCCGAGCUGAGAGCUCCUUGACACAUUAUGCAGAGAUUUUUUUCAGGAAUACCUGCCCACCGGCCUGGAGGCGUGACGAGGACGGGGGAGUCUUUAGUCAACCUGCUGGCCCUCACCACCUUGGGGUUCUGCAGCUGCCGGGGAUGGAGAAAGCGGUUGGAGUCAGGCAAUAACCUUUCUCGAGUGCUCACUCUUGAAGCCUCCGUGCCCCCAUUUCCCCACUCGUAGGAGAUGCCUAAAGGAUGGGGGUCUUUGUAAAAGGCUGCGAGCCCCACAGACACCACCAGGCAACGACCUCGGCCACUCUCUGGCAUGGACCUGACACCCAAAAGCCCAGGUGUGUAUACGUACGCACGGCGUUUGGCACAGCAGAGUAUGGAGUAAUGGCUGGCGCGUUCCCGGGGACGUCACUCUGCCCUGCCGGGAUUCCUCCCCGCCGCUGUGAGGGCAGAGCGGGGGCGAUGCCGGGGAAGACGUGUGGUUUCAGGGAAAGGGAUGGGUGCUAAACCUGGGUGCCAGCAGGCCAGUCACCACACUGCUCCCGCCCUGAAAAAGCGGUGAAAAAGCCUCUCCCUUGCCAAAGGCACCGGAUCAGCCCGCGCGAUUGCGGGGGGGGGCCUGUCCUGGCCUCUGCCAGCACGACGGCUUAGACUAGAUACGAGGAAGGAAUGUUUUAGGCUGAGGGUGGUGAGACCUUGGCCCAGGUUGCCCAGAGAGGCGGGAGAUGCCCCAGCCCAGGCUGACGGGGCGCUGAGCAACCUGAGUCGAAGGCGUCCCUGCCCGUGGCAGGGGGCUGGAGCAGAUGGCCUUUAAAGGUCCCUUCCAACGCAAACUAUUUUAUGAUUCUAUGACGUCUGCCAAGCUCAGAACCACACAAUAAUAAAAAAAAUCAAUCACCGAAACCGAAAGCUGCUGCAGUUCCCCGGGGCCCCUCGUCCCGCCAGAAGCCGCCCCUGCCCUUCCUCCUGCUCUGCCAGAGACGGGGCGACACGGCGGGGGGCGGGGGGCGCGCAACCGCGGCUCUAAUAACAUUUUCAGGUUGACCUUAUUUCUGCUGGCGGGGAUUUGAUCUGGACACACGCCGCUUCCCUGUAGUCGCUGCCACAGGACCCUCUUAUCUCGGCCGCCGCCAAGCUCGGCUUUCAACGCUGCGCAGCCGAGCACGCAGCCAGCGCAGGGCGUUCACAGCCCCGGCCGUGCCGCCCUUUGUCUCCAAAUACGUUCAGGGGCCGAAAUCUCUUUUCUCCCCCCCCCCCCUUCUGUUGUUAUUAGCCGGUUCAUCGCUACAGCCAGGUCUUUUGUUCCCUUCCAAACAAGAGCUCGUUUUACUUUCAAGUCCUGAGCCCAGAACCAGUUCGCAGCGGGAAGGAGGAAAUCCACACUGAAAAACACGUCAACACCCCAGGAAAUCAUUUCUUGGGACAUUGUAAAUAAAGCGUUCAAAGAAAGCAAGCCCG